UGUGGGGAAAUUCCAUGUCCUUUCAAGUACCAUUUCUGCUGUUAAAUUGUUUCCCUAAGGUAAAAUCAGCACUACCUAUUUGGUACACUGGCCGGAUCUACUUCCUCAAGGUGAUCUAUAUAUACUCCUCAGCUGUUCCUCCAGUCUCAAACACAGACCUUAACAGACUCAAACAGCUGGAAGAUGCUCUGCAGUAGUUUAUCUGAAGAUUCUGAAGAUGUAUGUUCUAUACAGUUUUAUGCUGCUGGCGCUGCUUUCCCACAGAGGCUGUGAAUCACAAAGUGAUAAUGGGAAAAUUAAGAAAUAUCGGAGCUGCCUUGAAAUAAAACAGUUUGAUUACAGUGCUCCUGAUGGAAUUUAUAUUUUAACAACCAAAGAUGGAGUGUCUUACCAGACCUUCUGUGACAUGACUACAAAUGGUGGAGGAUGGACCUUGGUGGCCAGUGUCCAUGAGAACUCCAUGGCCGGGAAAUGCACAGUGGGUGAUCGCUGGUCAAGUCAGCAGGGAAACAAUAUGUUCAUUCCUCAAGGAGAUGAUAACUGGGCAAACUAUGCCACAUUUGGAACACCUGAUGGAGCAACCAGUGAUGACUAUAAGAAUCCCGGUUAUUACGACAUAUCUGCCAAAAACCUGGGCUUGUGGCAUGUGCCAAACAAAACUCCAACACCCCUAUGGAAAACCUCUUCCCUUUUAAGAUAUCGCACAGAGAAUGGGUUCUUAAAGAAUGAGGGAGGGAACCUCUUUGAGCUGUACAAGAAAUACCCAGUGAUCUAUAAUGUUGGAACCUGCCCAAAUGACAAUGGACCUGCUGUCCCAGUUGUGUAUGAUUUUGGAGACGCUGACAAAACAGCUAGUUACUACUCACCAAAUGGAAGAAAGGAAUUUAUUGCUGGUUAUGUCCAGUUUCGAGUGUUCAAUUAUGAAAAUGCUGCUCUUGCUUUGUGCCCUGGAAUGAAGGUGGUUCAAUGUAAUACAGAACAUCACUGUAUAGGAGGAGGUGGCUUCUUUCCGGCAUUUUCCCCAUAUCAGUGUGGAGACUUCCCAUCUUAUGAUGGAAGUGGUUACGGAACACAUAUAGAAUGGAGCAGCAGCAGGGAAAUUACAGAGGCUGCUGUAUUACUUUUCUACCACUGAAUACAGGUUCUUAGGAGGAAGUUGCUGCUUUUCUGGAUUUCAUCCAUGGCAGGGCAGUGGCUUCUCAGUUUAUGACACAACUGGGUAUGAAAACAGAUGAAGGAAGGAGCAGUAAAUUCUAUGAUUAAUUACUAUUAAAUCCUACUAAUAUUUUACCUGUACUUACAUGUAUUUGGCUUUUGUCCUUAGUUUGUCAUUAGUAAAACAUAAAACAAUCAAUUGAUCAAUCAGUAAAUAAAUAAAGUCCUUUAAAAAAAAAA